AUGCCUGGCAGAGCCUGCGCAUGUUGCAUGACUUGUCCUUGCUGUCCAGGGUGUAAUUGCUGUAAGAAAUGUCUAAAAAUAUGUGGACCAAAACAGUCCAGCUUAUGCUGGGAGUUCAUGUUUACGGAUGAACGGAACUGUGACUGUUGCUACUGUCCACAUGAUGAUGAUAGCAGCUGCCAGUGCUGUCACUGUGCAUUCUCACAGAGCCCCAAUUGCCGCUGGUGUUGCUGCUCCUGUGCUAAUAAUAGAAAUUGCAAGUGCUUGUGCUGUACAGAGGAGAAUAAUGAAUGUCAGUGCUAUGAAAGUAGAUGUUGCGCUUUUCCAUAUUUGCCAUACAGACGUGGAGCUAGAUUACGAAGAAGCCGAGGGGCAAGUGAUACAUCUGUUAUUUCAUUGGAUAAAGAACCUUCUGGACAUGCUUUUAUCGACCAGCUUGUUUGCCCUUUGUGCGAACGAAUGUUUGUCCGCCCAUUUAUGUUGCCAUGUAAUCACUGCAUUUGUGAUAGAUGUAUCAUGCGGAGCAGACUUAAUGCUGAAAUUACAGAGAAUUUCUACAUUGUCACAUGCCCAAUCUGCAAGAAAGCACAUUGCCUUCCAUUUUCUAAGAAAAUGUAUCUGAGGAUUAAUUAUCUAAGGGCCAGAUUGGCUAGAAAGUAUAUGCGCCGAUAUGGUUUCCUAAGGUGGAGGUUUGACAAAAGCUAUGUGCCAAUCUAUUGCCAGGCUUGUGAUGAGCGCAAAGCAGAGAAGAGAUGCAUGUCAUGUCAGAUGAACUACUGUAAUCUUUGCCUGAGGAAUUACCAUCAAGAUAUUACCUUCCAAAACCAUGCCUAUACUAAACUUGGUGGUGAAAUCUGGGAAGACAAAAACUGCUUAAUCCAUGGUGAUUCACUGCUCUCCAAAUACUGCCUUGAUGACCACGAACUAAUAUGUGAAUAUUGUGCUGAAGCACAGCAUAGCGAUCAUAACAAAGUUACUUUUCAAGUAGCAUGUUCAAAAAUGUCUGCUGCGUUAUUUGCGACUAUUGCAAAGUUUAAAAAAGUCCGUUAUGUAGUUGAUACUGACCUAAUGGAAGUCCUUGUAUUAAAAAACAAUUUUAAAUCCUACAAAGAAUCCAAAAGAAGACAGAUCAGGAAUGGUUUUAUAAGAUUACGGAUGAUACUUCUAGAGCGUGAGAAAGAACUGAUGGAGGCAGUGGAAAACCUUGAACUUCAGAGACAAAAGGCACUUUUUGAAUUUGCAAACCAUGCAACAAGGAAAAUUGAUCAAAUGGACAGCCUCAUGCAGUAUUCUAAGGAAGCUUUAAAAGAAGAGAGUCCUAUUGCAUUCCUGCAGUCUGCAUGUUGCUUAAUAAAGGAAAUAGAAGAUAUAAUUGCAAGUGUUUAUCAGCCCAACCCAUACCUUAAGGAAGACCCUAUUAAGUAUCUUAAAGUAAACUUUGAGGAGCUUGCUGAAAACCUAGUAAGCAUUUUCCCAUCACUCCACAAUAAAUUACGAUAUGAAAAAAUCAACAAAUGUCCUUACCCUUGCAGUUCUGAUGUCAUGAUCCCAAGAACUGUUUCAAAUGCACAGAUUCCAAACCCACUAGGAUUAAACAGAAGUUUCUCCUUAUCAUCAUUUCAUUCACUGGCGGAUCAAACCGUUAUGAACAAUGAACUCUCCAUAAGACCAAAAUCAUCACCUCCAAUGGAGCUGAAAGGUAAUCAGUUGUAUUCUAUUUGGAAUGUGUCAUCAGAUACUUCAAAAGAUACAAGAAACUAUCCAAACUAUGGUGCCAAUUACAAUCCAGAACCACAGGAAGAAUCUUCAGUUCCUGGUCUUGUUGUGGUUUACCAAACUCUUGUCUAUCCAACUGUUGCUAAGAUUUACUGGACCUGUCCAACAGAAGAAGUAGAUAGCUUUGAAGUUGCUUAUUAUGAAGUAGUUGAUGAAGAGGCAGCUGAGAAUUUAAUUCAGCCACAACUCAUAGGAGUACUUACUGGAAUUGUACAACAGAAUCUGGAAAUACAUAAUCUGUCACCUAAUACAGAAUAUCUCUUUAAAGUUCGAGCUGUCAAUGAGAACGGCCCAGGUGAAUGGAGUGAAAUUUGUAAGGUGAUGACUCCAGAUUUGCGUUCCAAAGUCAAAGCCAGAUGGGGGCUGCUGAGAAAUGUUCAGUCUGCUUUCCGCAGAUAAUCCUGAACUACAGACCUACAAAUCAUUUUAAGGAGGAAACUGAAAGUAAGCUAUCAGACAGAAUGCUAUUAUA